CAGGGCGGUGUGCUUUCAAAAUGGCGGCUCCCAUUGCCGAAGGUUCCGUACAGCCGCUUGGAAAGCCAGCGUUUCGCCUUUGGGAUCCUCAAAAUGGCCGCUUGCGUGACUCGGAGGCUCGGACCCCAUCUGGCAAAAAGUGCUGCUGCAAUUCGGUGCUUCCAUUGCAGCACUGUUGACCAAGCUGGUGGCAAAUGGAGAGUAAGGCAAGGUUUACCCGUAAACUCUUCACAGUUUGGACCUUUAACAGACCUGCCUGAUUGGUCAUUUGCUGACGGGCGACCUGCUCCACCAAUGAAAGGUUAUCUCAGCCGGCAGGAAAAGAAUGCAGAACUUGCACGUCGUGUCGCCAUGAUUUCAGCCGAGAUGGAUCAUGGGAUUGAGAAGUGGGAAGCCCAGCAGAGAGAACAGGAGCGACAGGCUCAGGAAAAACGAUGCAACAGGCUCCAGCCAAAAGGAAACUUCUUCCCAGAGACUGCCAAAUAAAUACUUUUUUCCCUAA